AUGCCUUCAGCCAUUCAUGCAGCGCCCCAGGACUUUUUGUCGUCGGAAUAUCGACGUCAGUCCCAACUUUCUCAGAUCGCGAAAGCGGCGGUUUUUAACAAUUGUACCGCAAUGAAUCCACCCCCAAAACCUUCUUCUCAACCCCUCACUACAUUUCCUGGCAACAUCAUCCUCGAACGCGAUUUUGCCGUUUGCAACCCACAACUCGACAACCAUAUCACACUUCCGCCAUCUGUUAUACCUCCAGUCUUUAAUAGAAGUUUUCACGAGAAAUUCGGUAUGACUGGCGAUGGAGUCACCGAGGGAGUUGGUCAUCCUCCCUCUGACACACCUCUCCCAAGCGGCCCUUCAACUGCUCAAAGCAGUCCAAGAAUUCUCCCACUAAGACAGAAUUCUGGCACUACAACUCCCCGAGUUCGAGCUCCUGCUACCACUCUCAACAUUCCUGGCAUGACCAGAUCUCGCGUUUCUCCUGAUGGUAAAAUUGCACAACGAGAUGUCGCUUCCAAAUUGGUGGUCAUUAUGGUAGGAUUGCCUGCUCGUGGAAAAUCAUAUAUCACGAAGAAAAUCCAAAGAUAUUUGUCAUGGCAGCAACAUGAGACUAAGAUUUUCAAUGUUGGAAAUCGACGUCGUGUCGCAGCUGGAAAACCGCGGCCGUCGAACGGCACACCACUGAGGCACCAGGAAUCGGCCCAUCGACCAUCUGUUCCAAGUCAACCAAGCCGCACUAGUUCCAAUUCUGGCGUUAUAGAUGCCCCUACACAGGCUGCUCAUAUGAUUCUGAACGGCGUGGAUCCGACCCAAGAAAUCAAAGGUUCUGAGACGAAGAAAACUUCUACUAGAUCGCCAAAUCCAGAAACUAUGGAUCAAUCAGCCAAUUUCUUCGAUCCAAUGAAUUCCAAGGCGGCUUUGAUCAGAGAGCAGGUAGCCAUGGCCACAUUAGAUGAGCUUUUGGAUUUCCUCUUAUUGGGAAAUGGCGCUGUUGGUAUCCUGGACGCUACAAACAGCACUAUCGAGCGUCGCAAACUUCUCUUUGAUCACGUCAAGUUCAGAGAGCCAAAGCUCGGCAUUCUCUUCAUAGAGAGUGUUUGCGAGGACGAGAGUCUGCUUGAGGCAAACAUGCGAUUGAAGCUCCGAGGCCCCGAUUACAAAGACAAAGAUCCAGAAUCGUCUUUGAGAGACUUCAAAUUACGAGUCGCUGCUUAUGAAAGCGCAUACGUCCCAUUGGGAAAGUACGAAGAAGAUAAUCAUAUGCAGUAUAUCAAGAUGAUAGAUGUUGGACGAAAGGUUAUUCAUUAUCAACUCAAGGGCUUCUUGACAGGAGGCAUAGCUUCAUAUUUGUCGACAUUCAACCUUUCCCCCAGGCAGAUUUGGAUCACACGUCACGGAAAAUCCAACGAUAACAAAGUUGGCAAGCUUGGUGGUGAUUCUGAUCUCACGGAAGAAGGACAACAAUAUGCUCGAGUUCUUCAUAGCUUCAUUACAAACAGUCGAAGACAAUGGCUUUUUGAGCAGCAGCAAUCAGCUAUUGAGAGUGCAAAGUAUCCUCCGGGAGGCGAAGCUGUCAGAACACCACCCUAUCCAGACAUCAUGGGAGAAUUGGAUGAGAAGAACUUCUGUGUGUGGACUUCGAUGCUCAAGAGAAGUAUCCAAACGGCAGAGAAUUUUGAGAUGGACGAAGAUUAUGAUGUUAAGAAUUGGGAAAUGUUGAAUGAAUUGAAUGCGGGUUCUUUUGAAGGAUUGACCUACAAGGAGAUUGAACAACGCUUUCCGGACGAGUACGAGAAGCGAGCAAAAGACAAAUUACACUACAUAUAUCCUGGAGUUGGAGGUGAAGGUUAUUUACAAGUCAUCAGUCGACUCAGAGAUAUGGUUCGAGAACUCGAACGUAUCACCGAUCAUGUCCUCAUCAUUGGACACCGAUCUGUUGCCCGAGUUCUAAUGGCUUACUUUAUGGAUCUCACCAGAGAUGAUAUUGCAGACUUGGAUGUACCUUUGGGAAUGCUCUACGCCAUUGAACCAAAACCUUACGGCAUUGAAUUCCAUGCAUACAGAUACAAUGAACAACAACAAUGGUUUGAUGAGUUACCAAACUACAAACCAAGAAAAGAGACAGAGAAAGGCAAUUAA